AUGCUUAUAGUUUUUGGAAUAGAGGCUGCAAGAUUACUGGAAUCUGAGGGCAUACAAACUCAUUUGAAUUUUGUAUACAGCUUCGCUCAAGCUGUAGCUGCAGCUCAAGCUGGUGAAUCUGUUAUUCAGAUAUUUGUUGGUCGAAUCAGGGAUUGGGCACGUAAUCAUUCUGGCGACCCUGAGGUAGAAGCUGCACUCAAAAGAGGAGAAGACCCUAGGAUAGCUUUGGUGACAAAGGCUUAUAAUUACAUCCACAAAUAUGGGCAUAAAUCAAAGUUGAUGGCUGCUGCAGUUCGAAAUAAGCAGGAUUUAUUUAGUCUCGUAGGGGUUGACUAUAUCAUUGCACCAUUGAAGUUAUUGCUGUAA